GCCAAAUCAUUCGCCAUCAUCUCGUCACUCUGCCCGCCGGUCCAUCCUCCUCAGUGCUCCACAGAGUGCCUGCUGUCUGUUGCGAGCCGCCACCGCUUGUCGUUGCAGCAUUUCUUAAUUCAGUUCAGUUCUCAUCUUCGUUUAUUUAAUACAAACUGUUUUCCGUGGCGUCUAGUUCCCUCUCUGUAUUGUGUAUUUGCUCAACUACAGAUAAUCAAAUUUAUAUUGUGCAUGCAAAGAAAUAAGUAAAACAUGCAAAACUACUGCGAUCGCGGUUGCUGAACAGGCACAAUAUUCGACAAACAACGACGCCGCAUUUAACGCAACCAAAUAAUCCAACAAAGAAGCCACCACAGUUGAAAUAUCAACACAAACCCAACUUAACAUAUUCCUAAAAACGGAAGAAACUAAAAACCGAAAUAACAACGAGAUGAAGUACUCAACUAGCACAACAGACAACGCGAUGUCCUGCGGCAUCGACAGCAACACAAACUCGAACAGUGCAUUAAACGAUAUGCAGCCCAAAACCUCCACUCCCACACAGACACACUCCCAAAAGGAGGCCACAUCUACGACAACGCCCGCGAAAACAGGCGCAACACAAAUGCAUACCACCCAUACCAAUACCAUUGCCAACAGCAACUGCAAUUCCAAUCCCCAUCAGCCGGCUAACGCGCUGUUCUGCGAGCAGGUGACCACAGUGACAAAUCUCUUCGAGAAGUGGAACGACUGCGAGCGAACCGUCGUCAUGUACGCGCUGCUAAAGCGUCUGCGCUACCCGAGCCUCAAGUUCCUUCAGUAUUCGAUCGACAACAAUUUGACACAGAAUCUGGGGACCUCGCAGACGAAUCUAAGCAGCGUGGUCAUCGACAUCAAUGCCAACAAUCCGGUCUACUUGCAGAACCUGCUGAAUGCAUACAAGACGUUUCAGCCCUGCGAUGUGCUGGAUGGCAUGUCCUCCUCCUCCUCCGACAAGGACUCGAUGCCGUGCUAUGGCAGCGAUUUUCAGAUCACAACCUCCUCGCAGUGUGAUGAGAGGAAGCUGUAUGCCCGCAAGGAGGAUAUACUCCACGAGGUGCUGAACAUGCUGCCGCUGCUGAAGCCGGGCAACGAUGAGGCCAAACUCAUAUACAUGGCCCUGAUUCCGGCCGCUGUCAAGGACACCAUGCAGCAGAUUGUGCCCACGGAGCUGGUGCAACAGAUCUUCUCCUACUUGCUCAUUCAUCCGGCCAUAAGCAGUGAAGAUCGACGAUCGCUAAACAUUUGGCUGCGACACCUCGAGGACCACAUUCAGGCAGCCGCCGCUGGUCUUACGAAUCGCAGCUACUUUCUGCAGCCCUCGCCACAACUGGUGGCAGGAACCAGCUCCACGGGCAGCUCAUCGGCAGCUAGUUCUUCGGCGGCCUCCUGCUCUUCGGUGGCCUCUUCAUCACUGAGUAACCUAGGGAGCAGCUUGUGCACCACUAGCAGCUCGCGAUCGUCGCGCAGCAAUGACUGGCAAACGAUUGCCCCGCCCAGCAAGCAGCAACAGCAGCAGCACAAACUCACCGGCGGCGACUGGCGAGGCAGCGGGGGCUCCAGCGGAUCGAUUAAUCCACUCUGUGAUAAUUUAAAUGGUAUUACCCUGAACGAAUUAGCUUCUAGUCAGAAUAGCUUAGGCCUGUCGCUGGACAGCAGCUCCUUGCUGGUCAACAGCGUCGUGGCGGGAGCGGCAGCGGGCUCAAUGCUUGGCAUCGGUGGCACCGAAGACCAUGACACGUCAUUCAGCAAGAACGGCACGGAAAUCCUCGACUUUGAGCCCCCCAUUAUGGCAGAUGUGGGUGAGGCCAGCGGCAUAAGCAAUCUCUGUCAGCAGGUAAGAGAAAAAGGAGCCCGAAGUAAUCUCAUAAACAUAAUACUAAAUGAUCGCUUGCAGCCUCCCACCUCACAUCAUCAUCAUCAACAGCUGUUGCUACCGCCUCCGUCAGGUCCACAACUGCCCUACGCCUCGAUAUUGAUGGGUAAUGUGGGCGAUCAGUUUGGUGACAUCAAUCGCUGGAGUCUGGACAGCAAAAUAGCAGCCCUGAAGACGCGGCGCUCCAACAGCUUGACCACUCAAACAAUCUCCAGCUGCUCAUCCUCAUCCAACUCGUCAGUGAUCACGGUCAACGACAACUGCUCCAACUCCACAGAGAAUCUGGCCCAGUUUGCCAACAAGCCGAGGAGUUUCUCUCUCUCCAUUGAGCAUCAGCGCGGAGCUUUGGCGAACAGUGGCUCCGAUACUCGGCUGGACGAGUUCAAGCCCGGCUACAUCAAGUUCCAGACACGCAAUGUGGGCAUGUCGGGGAUAGGCCUCUGGCUGAAGUCCCUACGGCUGCACAAAUACAUUGAGCUGUUCAAGAACAUGACCUACGAGGAGAUGCUGAUGAUUACAGAGGAAUUCCUCCAGAGCGUGGGUGUCACAAAGGGUGCCUCCCAUAAGCUGGCCCUCUGCAUUGACAAGCUGAAGGAGCGUGCCCACAUCCUCAGCAGGGUGGAGCAGGAGCUGCACGCGGGACAGAUGAAGCUCAGUACGGCUGUCGAGGAGCUAACUCACAUUGUGCUGACGCCAAUGAAACCCGUGGAGUCCAUGGGGCCACCGGAGGAGAACAUUGGUCAUCGCUUCCUCAAGGUCAUCGACCUGGUCAGCAAUGCCGUCCAGGCGGAUCCCUACUGUGUCCAGGACGAUGAAACAAUGGGUGUGUUCAUGUGGAUACUUGAUCGUUCUAUUCAUAACGAGGCAUUCAUGAACCAUGCCAACCAACUCAAGGAACUCAAGUUUAAGCUAUCCAAGCUGAAAAUCUCAAUGGUUUCAAAGCUGCACCAUGUGAAGACUCCCGGCGUACCCACUGGCGGCAACAUCAACAAACCCAGAUGGAAUGGCAAGACUCGCAAGUGUGAUCCCAAGAAUGGCAGCAGUGAUAGGAUUAACAAUCGGAAGAACUCUAAUGACAUGUUGAAUUUCUCCCUGAACUGCCUGCAGCAUCCCCUGCCGCAUCACCAGCAGCAACAACAACCACCGCCACCGCCGCUACAGCAAUUUGAGUACAACGGCUACGGCGGUCCGUCGCAUCAGCCGCAGUAUAAGAGCUCUUCAUAUCCCAGCUUCAUGAGCAAUCACCAACAGCAGCAGCAGCAGCCACCCAAGUCGCAUCACCAUGCCCAGCAAAUGCAGCAGAUGCUUCAGCAGCACAACCAUUUCCCGGCCUUACCGCAGCAGACGCCACCGCAGUCGCAUCGUCGAUCGCUGAACAACCUCAUUUUGGUAACUGGUGGGCCACAGCAGCCGCAGCAAAUGAUAUUCAAGCCGGGCCAGGGGGUGCUUACCACCAACACCAACGGCUCCAACGAUAGUCUGGUCAUGGAUUCAAGGAGUCAGCAGCAGCCACGCAAGCCAAGCCUAAACGGUCUCAGCGCGAACGGAAAUGGAGGAGUGUCCAGUUCGGAGCAACAUCCAAAGAAGACCAUGGCCGCCGUGGUGAUGGAAAAUUUGGCCAAAUUUGAUCAACAUUUUACGCUAUUCUAAACCACACAUCAAUAUCCAAGCACACAAACACGAACCGCGUCGCCAAACGAAAACAGAUCCGAUCCCCCGGCAAGAGGACGACAAAAGAAAUCGUUUAUUUAGUAAAAAAUUUACAUAGUGAACUCUGCAUCGUGACCAUGAGACUGACUAAGAUUACUUUUUCGCAAUUAUAAACACUAGGAAAGAAAAGGAGGAGAGCUGGAAGGAGGAAAGGGACUGAGAAUUGAGAAAUGUGAAACGAAAAAGGAGAAUUGAGAAAUGUUUGAGCGAAUCAAAACACCUUGCUUGCUGAAUGAAGUAGAACUCCCAUAUAACGGAUGGGAUGUGUUUAUCUACAUAUACACAUGCACAUAAUUUAUUUUAAAUUUAAUGGAACAUAUUUGCUGAACACCGUAUAACUACAAACAAACCAAAAACCAAACCAACCUUCGAAUAGGUUUCGAAAUGUUUCAAUGUUUGUGUUUUUAAGUUGGUGAAUCGAUCGGAGCGAUAUAUUGUAUUUUGUAUAAGUAAGCGUAAGCUCCCAACCCCUACCCCAUACCCCUUACCCACCAUGUACGUGUUGUCGGACACCGUGUUGCACAUGCAGCCGGACGGACGUUCAUGAGAUCAUUGUCAUUUGUAUUCAUUGAUUUAUAUGUAACUGUAACUCUACGAUUAAUUAUUUUUUUCGCAUUAGUCAAUUGUUUAUUUGUAAAAACGGCAUGUUUUAGUUGGUUUUUUUUUUUAUAUUUAUACAUACCAGUAUGUACUGCGUCUGUAGGUCGCAUCCUAAGCAUAAGACGGGCAGAGCUAAAAUGAUACGGCAGCCAAAAAAAAAUACCCUAAGAUACGCAGUACCGCGUAGCCUAUGUUUAUUUUAUUGUACAAAAAGCUGAUCAAACUGUAAACUUGCUUAAAAAAUUUUUUUGUUUCCUCAUUAUCACUAUUUGUCCAUAGUUUCACAAACUUAUUGUAACUCGAAAAUGCUUUUAUUUAUAAAAACCAAAACAACAAAAUAAAAGAAACGAAAUAAUGUACGGCCAGAGGAGUAACAGAAAGCCGAAAGCAGCCUAAAUAAAUAAAUGUAAAUGUAUAUUGCAAACUAGCGAAAA